AUGGCCUCCUAUGUGGCGACCGGCGUGCCGCACGCAUACAACUGGCUCUUUAAUAUUUUUCUCUUUCUCGCUGCUUUGUUCUCGGACCUGCUGCUCAUCAAAAGCUGCCUGGCUGCGGGCUUCAUGUGGAUGGUGAUCUUGGCGGCGACAGGCAAUCCACAGCACGGAGAUGGAUGGGCUUCGACGUCGGAGCCACGGGUGCUGCUCCUUGACAUGCUGUGCUGGGGGACUCUGAACUUCAUCAUGAACUCAAUCGUCGUGGCGCUCUUGCUGCGCGACGAGCGCACGGUCCACUUCAAGACCGAGGAGGAGGAGCGGACGUGGCGCUUCUUCUACCGGCGCUCCGGCAUGAAGCGGCUGGAGUUCGAGCAGGUGGUGCGACGCGGCGAGUUCGUCACCAUCAAGGCCGGGGAGAGCAUCGUCGGCCACCACGAGUACCUUCAAAGCUUCUUCUUGCUCGUUGAAGGCGUGGCCGAGCUCGAGGUAUCGCAUGACAGCAAGCAGGAGCCGAAGAGGCGGCGAGUCUUCAGCGGCACGCUCUUCGACCUCAGUGUUGCCAACGUGUUUGGCAUACGGGUCGGACUCUUGUCGACGACGCACUUCGCGGCCACAGCCGUCACCGACUGCCGUCUCCUGAAGUGGAGCUUCGAGAUGAUGGACGAGAUGGCCACCAAGCUGGCGCCCUGCAUUCCUGCCUUCUGGCGCAACAUGCUGCUGUACCAGGUCAGCCAGUCGCUCUUCCUCGCGGACAGCGACGGCGAUGUGCCCUCGGAAUCUGCGACUGGCGCGGCGGAGCGCGAUGGGUGGGCCUUGGGCACUUGCCGGUCGCUUGACUUCGACGCGCCGCUCACCGAUGCCGAACAGGGCAAGAAGUCCUUCUUCCAGUGGCUCUGGCAGUCGAUGCACCCGUUUCCGUAUCCUGGCCUCCGGCACAACGGACUCGGGACGUCAGGCAUCGCGGCGCGUACGCGGUUGCAGCUGCUGAAAGACGCCAACAACCAGCGGGAGACGCUGCGUCUGACGCGUGUUUCAACUACGAUGUAA